GACUUGAAAGUUUAUCCGCAACAGGUGGUGGCCGCUGCACAGAGUGCGCCUGUGAAAACGGAUGGCGGUUGUGCGCAGAAAACUCUUGCAAAGCAGGCAAGUGGGGUCCCUUCUCCUUUUUCUGUGCAUUUCUGUGGGGGCUGAGGCAACCAUCCGCUAUUCGGUGGCGGAGGAGAUGGAGAGCGGUUCGUUUGUGGCGAAUGUGGCUAAGGACCUGGGGCUGGAGGUAGGGAAGCUGGCUGCGCGCGGCGCGCGGCUGGUUUCCGAGGGCAACAGACUGCACUUCCGGCUCCACCGCAAGACAGGGGAUCUGUUCGUGAAGGAGAAACUGGAUCGGGAGUCACUCUGUGGCAAAGCCGACCCGUGCGUUCUGCACUUUGAAAUAGUCCUGGUGGAGCCCCUGCAGUCCUUCCGUGCCGAGGUCAGGGUAUUUGAUAUCAACGACAAUGCCCCGAUUUUCCCAAACAAGGAGCCGCUUUUAAAGAUUCCAGAGAGCACGCCCCUGGGCUCACGUUUUCCUCUGCAGAGCGCCCAGGAUCUGGACGUGGGCCUCAACGGUCUCCAGAACUACACCUUGAGCGCCAACGCGUAUUUCCACCUGCACACUCGCUUCCGCGGCCACGGGCCUAAAUACGCCGAGCUGGUGCUGGAUAAACCCCUGGACAGAGAGGAGCACCCGGAAGUCAACUUGACAAUUACGGCGGUGGAUGGCGGGUCCCCGCCCAAGUCUGGCAGCGCCCACAUCCGCGUGGAGGUCCUGGACGUCAACGACCACGUGCCCCAGUUCUCCAGGCUGGUGUACCGCGCGCAGGUACCGGAAGACAGCGCCAAUGGUUCUUUGGUGGUCACGGUGACGGCCACAGACCUAGACGAGGGCUCCAACAAGAAGAUAACGUACUCUUUAGCUCAAAACCCAGAAGCAAUUCUCCAGACUUUUCAGAUUGACUCUGAAACGGGAGAGGUUCGACUGAGAGGGUCCCUAGAUUUUGAAGCGAUUGAAACCUACGACAUUGACAUUCAAGCUACCGACGGAGGAGGUCUCUCUGCCCACAGCAAAGUCCUGGUGGAAGUGGUGGAUGUGAAUGACAAUCCUCCUGAAGUGACUGUCUCCUCUGUGUCCAGCCCUCUCCCUGAGGACUCCCCACUACAAACUGUAGUGGCCCUUUUUUCUAUUCGAGACCGGGACGUUCGAGUGGGAGGAAAAAUCACCUGCUUUCUCAGAGAAGACCUUCCCUUUGCAGUCAAACCUACGUUCCGGAAUGCUUAUUCGCUGGUCACGGACAGAGGCUUGGAUCGGGAGGAGGUCUCAGGCUAUAAUAUCACCCUUGUUGCCAUGGAUACCGGACCGCCCAAUUUGUCCACAGAGACUGUAAUAGAGGUGCUAAUAUCUGACAUUAAUGACAAUCCCCCAGUGUUUCGGGAGGACUCCUACAUCUUGACUGUUCGGGAAAACAACAGCCCUGCAGUUUUCAUUGGCAAAGUCCAUGCUGAGGAUUUAGAUUUGGGUGAGAAUGCCCAAGUAACAUAUUCUCUGCUGCCUCCAAAAAGUGGAGAUCUAUCAGUCUUUGCUUACAUCUCCAUAAAUUCAGACAACGGGAAGCUCUAUGCACUGAGAACCAUGGAUUAUGAGGCCAUUCAAGAUUUUCAGUUUGUGAUAAAGGCAACUGAUGGGGGCUUCCCAUCGCUCAGUAGCCAGGUUACUGUCCGAGUGGUUGUCCUGGAUGACAAUGACAACCGCCCAAUGAUCUUGUACCCAUUGCAGAAUGGCACCUUGCCCUGCAAUGACCUGGUGCCCAGGUCUGCAGAGGCAGGCUACCUGGUGACUAAGGUGGUGGCUGUGGAUGGUGACUCGGGUCAGAAUUCUUGGCUUUCAUAUCAUCUAUUUAAGGCCAGUGACCCCGGGUUAUUCUCUGUUCAACAACAAAAUGGGGAAAUCCGUACAUUGCGGCAGAUAUCUGAGAGAGACCCCAUGAUGCAGAAACUUAUCAUUCUUGUUCAGGAUCAUGGCCAACCAGUUCUUUCCACUACUGCUUCACUCAACAUCCUGCUGGUAGAUGGCUUUUCUGAGCCCUAUCUGCAGUUCCGGGAUCCAUCCAAGCAUCCUACAAUGGUAAAUCCAUCCACUAAAUAUUUGGUCAUUUCUCUGGCUGUGCUUUCCUUUCUCUUUCUCCUCUCUGUCACAGUGAUCUCCAUUAUACACAUCUGCCAGAAAAUUAAAUAUAGAGAAAAGAUCACAAUUCAGGAGCAUUUCUAUGAUGACUGUAAUUUCCCCAACCACCUGGUACAAGGAGGAGCCCAUGGACCUUUAUCCCAGCCUUGUCCCUAUGAAAUGUGCUCAGCCACUGGCACUGGCACUAGUGAGUUUCGGUUUCUUAAGCGCUUUAUGCCCAACUUCCCCUUCCCCCACGGCACUGGAGAGGUGAAAGCAGAGGCUGGCUCCAGUGUACCACCAGAUUCUGACAGGAAUAGGUCUCUGGGGUCAGAGGGUCAUGCCCGAGUACCUGAUGACUAUAUGUAGC